ACAGCGAGGAGCCGCUGGCUGCUGGGGCUCGUCCUCAUGGGGGGGCCCGGACCGGCCGCAGGGCUCCUGGCCGAGCCCCAGGUGUGUUACCUGCUGGACGCGGUGCUCUUCCUCUACAGCCUCAUCCUCACCUGCCUCUACUGCCGCCUCCGGUUCGUGGCUUGGAGGAGGCGAGGAGAGGCUGAGAAGCAGAAGGAGGACGAGGGGGUGUACGCAGGUCUGAGCUCCGAGCACCACGAGAUCUACGAGACCCUGCGGGCGGAGCACCCGUGACCCCAAAAUGUCCCCAAAUGUCCCCAAAAUGUCCCCAAAUGUCCCCAAAUGUCCCCAAAUGUCCCAAAAUGUCCCCAAAUCUCCCCAAAUCUCCCCAAAAUGUCCCCAAAUGUCCCAAAAAUGUCCCAAAAAUGUCCUCAAAUGUCCUCAAAUGUCCCCAAAUGUCCCCAAAUGUCCCCAAAUCUCCCCAAAUGACCCAAAAUGUCCCAAAAAUGUCCCCAAAUCUCCCCAAAAUCUCCCCAAAAUGUCCCCAAAUGUCCCAAAAUGUCCCCAAAUGUCCCAAAAAUGUCCUCAAAUGUCCUCAAAUGUCCCCAAAUGUCCCCAAAUGUCCCCAAAUGUCCUCAAAUGUCCCCAAAUGUCCUCAAAUGUCCUCAAAUGUCCCCAAAUGUCCCCAAAUGUCCCCAAAUGUCCCAAAAUGUCCCAAAAUGUCCCAAAAAUGUCCCCAAAUGUCCCCAGUAUGCCCCAGUAUCCCCCAGUAUCCCCCCAGUAUCCCCCAAUAUCCCCCCAGUAUCCCCCCAGUAUCCCCCCAGUAUCCCCCAGUAUCCCCCAGUAUCCCCCAAUAUCCCCCCAAUAUCCCUCCUGUAUCCCCCCAGUAUCCCCCAGUAUCCCCCCAGUAUCCCCCAGUAUCCCCCAAUAUCCCUCCUGUAUCCCCCCAGUA